GGUCAUGUGUUUGAAUUCUUUUAAUGUCACUUCCUCUCUCAAUUAAUAUCGGUUUCCACCCCUAUGAUUGUGUCAUGGUACUGCUCAAUUCACUGAAAAUGAACCCAGUGAUAAAACAACAUUACCAUAGUUAGAUAUGUGAUUUGUUUGGAUAGGCCCCAUUGCCCUUUUUCAGGGAGUCUUCUUCACCAUUUAAAUCUCCACUUCCUCUUGUAUAUAUAUAUAUAGCUCACUAACUCCACUUUUGGUAUCACUUCAAAAAAUUUUGAGGUUUUGCACAAAUUUUCCAAGGUGGCCACUUUCUAAUUUAUUUUGCUUUGAAUUUUGUUAAAGUAUAAUAUAACUUUCUCAUCUCUCUCACAGCCAUGUUCAACUGGGUUCACACCAAGUUCCACUACAACCCUCUUAAAGGUGGAAAUGCGUCAAGAAAGAAGGGUGAAUCUAUCAGGAAGGGGAUAAAAACACAAGGAUUAUUAGGAAAACAAGUUGAUGAAUUUGUUGAUGAUUGGAAGAUCAAUAAUGGCCGCCGUCUUACCAUUUUGUUUAUGGGGUUUGAGAAAUCAUCAAAACCCAGAAAUUAUUUCAAUUUGAGGAAGGAGGGAAAGAGAGAUAAUGACGAAGAUGAUAUUAUUAUUGUUGAUAAUGAUGUGGACGAGGAAGAUGAUAUUGAUGAGUUGACCCCAUUAAUGGCGACGACAUUUCAGACCAACUUCGACAACAAUAAUGGUGAGUUUUGUACGGAAUUUGAGAAGUCCCAAGUUGUUGUGGCUAUUCAACGACAUGUCGCUCAAAGAAUCCGCCGUAGAGUCACGCUGGCAGACCUGUUCAUGGAGGAUGCCCAUGGGAACAAGCCAAAGCCGGCGCCGGAAAAUGGGCAGGAGCCAGAUUUUCGGAAGAAAUUACCGGAAGUUGAAACGAACAUCGACAGCUGCUUUUCCGAGAAGCCCAAAGUGGGGCCGGAGCCACCUGCGAGAAACCUCCGGCGAGUAAUGGGGAAGAUGAUGAAGAAAAAAAUGCAUGCAAAGGUUCACAACGAGCAGCUACUUGGUGAAAAUAAAUUAUAUGGAAAGGUCAUUGAUCCAACCUCUCUUCCUAUUCCAGCUGCCUGUGCUUGAGAUCCAUUAUUUGCCACCAAUGGAAUUUCCUAGAAUUGUUGUUGAAUCUUAUAGAAUGAAUUUACUUUAUUGUUUUCUUUUCUAAUUUCCAAGGAUGUAAAUGUGCCAUGUCAAAGCCAUCUUCUCUUUUCUUAAGCUUUGAUGUAUCAUUAUGGUCUUUUUUUCCCUUUUCUUUUUUCUUUCUUUUUUUAUUUCUUGAUUUGGUGAAAGUUUGGUGGUACCCACAUUGAAUGGAUUACAUGAUCGAAUUUGACUAAAAUAUAACUGGUUGAUAUGUUAA